CCUCCUCCCCCACCGUCCCACCCCUUCGCCGACCCUCUCUCGGCUCCCCCCACCAUGGGCGACGAAGAGAAGACAGCGGGCGACGCUUCCUACGUCAAGCGCGCCUCGCACGACUCCCCCUCCACCACCAACAAUGUACACCCGACCUCCAACAUCACCCUCUACGACCCCUCGCAGGAAUCCAUCUGGACCCGCGUCGGCCUCUCCCCCGAGUCCUUCAAGCGCGCGCCCGGCACCACCGCCGGCCUCGUCGUCUCCGGCGGCGGGCUCUCGGCGGAGGAGUACGAGAAGGCGCUCGCCGAGUCGCCCAUGCUGCAGCAGAAGAUGAAGCCGCGGCACCUGACGAUGAUCGCCGUCGGCGGGAGCAUUGGCACGGGCCUGUUCGUCGGGUCGGGUGCGGCGUUGAACGCGGGCGGUCCUGCGGGCGUCCUCAUCGACUGGGUUCUGAUGGGAAUCAUGCUUGUCAACAUCACCCAGGCAUUGGGAGAAAUGAGCAUCAUGUAUCCCUUGAGUGGAGGGUACUAUACUUUGGCAAGUCGCUUCGUCGACCCUUCCUGGGCCUUCGCCAUGGGCUGGAACUACGUCUUCUCCUGGGUCGUCACGCUGCCGCUCGAAAUCACUGUCGCUGUCACCACCGUCAACUACUGGCCAAAUAACGUCCCAAUAGCCGCUUGGGUCACGAUAUUUUAUGUGGUUAUCAUCAUCCUCUCCCUCUUCGGCACGCUCGGCUUUGCGGAAGAGGAGUUCUGGUCCUCGGUCCUCAAGCUCAUUGUCAUAGUCAUGUUUGUGCUCAUCGGAAUCGUCUGCAUCUGCGGUGGUGGCCCAGCAUCCGGCGAGUUCGGCAGCUACGUCGGUGGCGCGCGCUGGCAAGAUCCGGGCGCAUUCGCGAAUGGGUUCAAGGGCGUGUGCAGCGUUUUCGUGACUGCCGCCUUCGCCUUCGCGGGUACGGAGCUGAUUGGGCUCGCCGCGAGCGAGACGCCGGACCCGCGCUCGGUGAUGCCGGGCGCGGUCAAGGGGACGUUUUGGCGGAUUAUCGUGGUCUACAUUCUAUCGCUUACUAUUGUGGGCCUGAUGGUGCCCUACGAUGAUGACCGGCUGCUGAAUGGCUCCGGCUCCUCCGCCUCACCCUUCGUUAUCGCCCUCGUUCGCGCGAACAUCUCUGGCGUCGACCACCUCAUCAACGCCGUCAUCUGCAUCUCCGUGCUCUCGAUCGGCCUCUCGUGCGUGUACGCGGGCUCGCGGACGCUGACCGCGCUCGCGGAGACGGGGUAUGCGCCGAACUGCUUUACGUAUGUCGACAAGUCCUCACGCCCUCUGUGGUCCGUCGUCGCCGUGCUCGCGUUCGGUCCGAUUGCGUACGUGCAGGUUGCCGCGGAAGGGGAUACGGUGUUCGACUGGCUCGUCGCGCUCUCCGGCCUCUCAACCAUCUUCACCUGGCUCUCGAUUUGUAUUUGCCACAUCCGCUUCCGCGCGGCGUGGAAGGCGCAGGGGCACUCGUUGGAGGAGCUGCCGUUUAGGGCUCUCGGCGGCGUCUACGGCUCGUGGUUCGGCACGAUCCUGAUCAUCCUUGUGCUCAUCGCGCAGUUCUACAUCGCUGUCUGGCCCAUCGGCGGCAUGGCGGACAGUGGAAGCGAGGUCGCCACGGAGUUCUUCCAGGCGUACCUCGCCCUCCCCAUCGUCAUCGCUUGCUGGAUCGGCGGGUAUGCGUGGAAGCGCGAGCGGCCACGGCGUGCGCAUGAGAUCGACCUCGAUACCGGGCGCAAGUCCUUCUUCACGGUCGAGGAGAUGCGCGCGUAUCGGGCGGAGCGCGCGAAGGCGCCGUUAUACGUGCGUAUAUACCGGAUGUUGUUUACGAACUAGCGUGCGGGGUGAAGAUGGUGGACGUGGCUGGAUGAUUGUUGGGAAAGGAAAGAGGUUGGAGAAAAUAGGGUUGCGCUCGGAGCGGGGUGGUGAAGACUAUCUGUUGUGAGAUAGGUUCGAGCGCGUGUAAUUUCUGACAAAAUAAUCACCGAAUAUACCGACUUAUCGCAUUUGUUGCGUGCAGUAUUCUGAAUGCG